AUGACGACGGAUGUAUUAGAGAGCAAAGUGCCGAGUCAAGGUCGAGCUGAUCCAUCACCAAGAUAUCAAAUCAAUCUGGCCCGGGCCACCGGUGGAGACGAGUGGAGAGAGCACUGCCGUGCCUACAUGCAGAUGCAGAUGCAGGUUCAGAUGCAGACACAGAAGUGCAAUGUCAAUCAUGCGGGGGCGCUGAAAAAUCGUGCUUCUGGAAGACCAGGCCAGACAGGAUUGAGGGUUGAUUUUGAGUUUUCGGGCCAAGUAACAAUAGAGCCUAGGUCGGACGUACAUAUCCAGACCUGCUCCCCUCGUUCCCUUCAUGCAAGCAGCCUCAACGUCAAAUCCUCCCGAUACACCGAAAUACCGGAAUACGGAACGAAUAAAGCAACAUACGCGGUUCGCGGCGCCACUGCGUCUAUUUCUGGCGUCUACGGGGUAGCCAGGUCAGGUGUUCUCUCUCAGUGGCCUCGCUGGCCUCGCUGGCCUGAGCCUCUCACCGUCUUGCUACUGCAUUCCCAACGGAUCUCGUGGACGCCAUCACCGACUCUCCUCAAGAUCGUGACCACGUCGGCCCCAAGCCCGUCCUUAUUCAACGGCCAGAUCCCGUCUAUCCGUCGCUCGGUGGGGCUCUUACCGGACAUCAUAUCUGCUACGUAUUUCUCUCAUUCGACAGAUCCUGCCCUCGACUCGACGUUGUACGAAAAUAGCUCCCGUGGUGCCCAUGGCUUGACUUCUCUGCCGUCUCAUUGGCCUCCAUCCGGAUAUCCACAACCAACGGAUUGGAAGAUUUUGCUUGUCCCGGCGGCUCGCCCACCUGAGCCAGCCAAGGGCCGAAGCUCAAACUCUGCUCUUGGACCUAAUGUUUCUCCCGACCCGUUCGGCACAGACAUUGACAGCCUCCUGCCAAUCGAGUCAUGA